AUGGUGAUAUUUCGAUUUAAGAUUCUGAAAAGUGGGAAAGACUAUGGCAGGCUCGUUGUCAUCGUCGAUGUCCUCGAUCAGAACAGAGCUCUAGUUGAUGCCCCGGAUAUGAUUAGGACCCAAAUGAAUUUCAAGAGGUUGUCUCUAACUGACAUCAAGAUUGAGAUUAACUGGGUGCCCAGGAAGAAGAAUCUGAUUGAAGCUAUGGAGAAGGCUGAUGUCAAGAACAAGUGGGAGAACAACUCUUGGGGUAGGAAGCUGAUUGUUCAGAAGAGAAGGGCGUCUCUUAAUGACUUUGACAGAUUUAAAAUUAUGUUGACAAAGAUCAAGAAAUCUGGAUUGGUGAAGCAGGAGCUUUCAAAACUGAAGAAAGAAAAUGCGUCUUAGGCAACUAUUUAUAAGAACUUCUCAGUUUUGUUUGCAGUGUUCUUGAAAUGAUGAUGUUUUUGGAUCUUACUAUUUUUCUUGUGUAAUUUAGAAAAGUGGAUUUUGCCGGGCAUGAUGAAUGAAUGGAUACAAAUACUUUUCUGAGUCAUUUUUGCUGGACAAAUAAUAUGAUAUGGAAUUUGGU